UCUUUAAGGACCGGACGUGAGCUUUCGUUAAUGUCGGCCGGAAAAGGGUAUUGAGUUGCUACGCGAUUCCGGUGUUCUGUUGGAGGGUGAGAGAGAAGCGAUUUGGUCUUGGACGGUGACUGGUACAGAGAAACAGCAGGGUGAGGUAACCGAGCAACAGCAAUGUCUUUUAUAUUUGACUGGAUCUAUAAAGGUUUUAGCAGUGUGCUCCAACUUUUAGGUUUGUACAAGAAAUCUGGAAAAUUAGUGUUCCUUGGUUUAGAUAAUGCUGGCAAGACAACAUUGCUACAUAUGCUAAAAGAUGACAGAUUGGGACAGCAUGUUCCCACACUACAUCCCACGUCAGAGGAGUUGACAAUUGCUGGAAUGACUUUCACCACGUUUGAUCUUGGUGGACAUGCACAGGCACGAAGGGUUUGGAAGAAUUACCUCCCAGCUAUAAAUGGAAUUGUCUUCCUAGUGGACUGUGCAGAUUUGUCACGCCUUGCUGAAUCUAAAAUUGAGCUUGACGCACUCUUGACAGAUGAGACCAUUUCAAAUGUGCCAAUCCUUAUUCUGGGCAACAAGAUUGACCGGGCAGAAGCAAUUAGUGAAGAGAAACUCCGGGAACUAUUUGGGCUAUAUGGUCAAACAUCAGGAAAGGGCAAUGUGCCAUUGAAGGAAAUGAACGCAAGGCCUAUGGAGGUAUUCAUGUGCAGUGUGCUGAAGAAACAGGGAUAUGGUGAAGGCUUUCGUUGGCUUUCACAGUAUAUUGACUGAUCUCUUUACACAUUGUAUCAUUUUGGACUGAGAUGGUUCCUGACUUUGACAAUUUUUGUACAAGGACAUGGAAAAAUAUACUUUUACCCAAAUCAGCUUUGAUAAAUAGUACACCUUGAAAAUGUUACCAGUACUCAGAUAGCUACCUGUUUGCUGUUAUGUGCUGCAAUAUAUUUGCAACACAAUUUAAAAAGUCUCAAAGUACUUCCAGCUGCUACUUUAGUAUUGGUCUUUUUAAAGUCUUAUUUUGAAUUCUUCAUAAACCGUUUAUCCAAUGUGAACAGUGUUCCUUCUGAUGUUGUGUAAAGAAACAUUUGUUACUUUCACAUAACAUUUUGAAACAUUAUUUCAGUUUUUAUUAAAGUAAGCCCAGUUUUCUGGUAAACCAGUGCAGGGAGGUGGGAGCAGGAUGCCAUGUCCAGGUCAAAGUUGCAGAAGCUUGUAAAUGCACAUGCUUAAAAAGAAUGCAUGCAUUAUUAAUGAAUGGAUUGUCUUUGAAUUUUGUAAUAGCAUGUGUAUUUAUAACCUGUGUUAGUAAAACAGUUUUAAAAAAGAAAAUUACAUUAUGUAGCUCAUUGUGGUUGAUUAGUCCUUAAUUAGAACAUUGUCUCUUUAAUCUUUUGUAAUGAUUCUUAAUCGUAUUACCUGGAAAUUUGGUAGCAAUAAAUAAUGUCUUCUGUCUGGUUUAAACCCACCCAAACAGCUUAAAGAAACAAGGGGUUAUCCUGCAUCUCUCUUACCUGCAGCUGUGUUUACCUUUGCAUGACAACUAAGCCAUAAUCAGACACUUUUGAGAGCUGGGUUUAUUUGUUGGCUUUCUUAAGAAGUACUGUUGAAUGGUCAUAAAGUGGAAAAGGUUUGAAGUGAAUCAGGCUGUACUCGUGCCUUGUAUUGACCCUUCCUAGCAGACAUUGUAAACCAUUCAUGUGUUUUUUGCAAUACCUAUGCUAUAAAAUAUGGCAUCAAAAAAGCAAUGUGCUUUUUUCUAUUUUUGCAGGUCAAGGUACAGCUGGCAUCUUUUAAACCUUAUCAUAUUUUGUGUGGAACGAUAAUUUUACCAGUUAUUUUUAGAGUUGUUUAAAGAAUGAAAUGUUUAAAAAAAAAUAAUAAUUGAAUUGUUGUAUGGACAAAUCAGUGCAGUAUGGCCAGCACUGGUUAUAUUUACCUUCUGCUUUAUUCACACUAAGUUUACAUGCUUUUAAUUUUGCAGCAUACUAAGGGUAAUGGGUGGGAGGGAAAUUGUUUUAUUUUUCAUGUAAACUGGCUAAACUCUAUUGUAUGUACUGUACAUGUUAAUGUAGAUAAAGAAUGUUGCCUUUGCAGGGCAAAUUUGAAAUUUGCCUACAGUUCACUAACCAAUAGUUGGGGUGUGGUAAGUAUUUUUUGAAUAUGAACUACUGUCAACCUACACGUUGCUUCUGGUAGUAUGAGAAUUCUUAUGGCAUACCAUACAAGACUCAACAACCAUAGCUUUGUGUGCCCUAACAGUAACUGUCAUAUUCCAUGUAUUUUUUGCACAUUUGUACAUACUUACUAAAUUACUUGGAUUUCCAGAGUUCUAAUGUCUUGGUAUUACCCCUCAGUUGAACUUAUAAUAUACUUGGACCAGCAUGCCACUUAGGAAAAGUGGUUCCACCAAUAGAAUACUGAUUUUAUGAGUCAGUCCACCCCAAAAACAUUAACACAUUUUAUGUUUUUAACUAUUACAACUAUCAUGUUAAGUUUUAAGCACACUCUGUACAUUGAUGAAAAUGUGGUUCUAUUAUAGUCAUCUAGUUUUGAUGCACUGUCAAAUAAAUGGAACGUGUUUGUUUAUGCUG